ACGCGAAAUUACUGCAAUUCGUCCCAAAAUUUGCUCACAACACGUCACAGCUCGUGUGUGCUACGUUCCUCUCGACCACAACCACAACCACAACGUCUCUUACUCAAGGAGGCUCAAAGAGUCAGUCUAAGAACCAGAGUUCACAAAGCACUCAAAACGUUGCGCACCUACUUCUUUCGACAUACCCUUAUUGCCCCCCAGCAUAACCACAAAAAGGACUGUGCCGUCUUCCGCCGCACAGUCAAAACCCACUCGACACAUCCCACUUCAGAGCCAUCACUUUAUGCAGCAAGAGCCUCUCACGAAUCCAACACACGAUAUCGCCUCUCUCACCCCCAGUGCUUCGGAACACCCUUUCCAAGAUGGCUUUCAUCGUGGCCCAGAUGGCAUCCGUAGCCUUGGAGCUUCGUCUGCCUCACCCCGCGGCGCCUCGUGCGGCAGCUCGCACCUGCACGAUGCCGGGGUCCUCGACACCGAGCAGCUCGAUAAGCAGUUGCGCCGACUGAGCGGCCACCAAGAUGGUGAAUCUGGACGGCGCUCCACGCCUCCUAUAGCUGGUCAACGGGUGUUCGAGUACGAGAACGCUCUAACCCCUUCGCAACCGAAACAUUCGUCUGGGUUUAAGAUCGCGAACCGGACGAGUUCCCCAUCGACAGGGAUACAACUGAUGGACCUUCCAAACGAGACUUUGACCCAUAUCUUGUCACACCUGCACCCUGACUCCCAUUCGGCAGUCGCGCUGGUCUCAAAGCGUCUUUACAGCCUGGUGACCACGCCUCAUGCUUGGCAGAUGGCUUUUAUGCGAUACUUCCCUGGACAGAAGGUUGCCCAGUCGCUGUCCGCGGCCAUCUCUGGGCAGGCCGGGGAGCUGGAUGACUCAGACAGAAUUCGUUCUGAAUAUCGUCAGUUCACCCGAUUGACAGCAUUGGCCUCGUGGAGAAGCGAGUAUCUUCUUCGCACACGGCUUCUGCGCAGUGCAGCGAGAGGAAAACCAGGCACAGUGGCUGGAGGUAUAGGUUCUGCGAUUCGCACAGGUUCUCAGAAACGCGCCAGCCCUGUCUUGACAUAUAACUCGAAACUUCCCUGGAUGGUCUCGAACAUCCAUGCUGUCUUUUCUUCAAGCGCCAAGAAGCCCCCGAAAGUUAUCCACGGCUCUGCAGAUCUCUGUGUUGGAACCCUGGGGGACCCUACCACUGGCAAAAUCGACAGGUGGGGCCUGGACGACCACUUUUCCUUCUCACAGCUUGACGAAGUCUUCCCGAACCUCGAGCCUUAUGGCGUCGAUGCCGGCCCCGCCGCCACUCUCAAUGUCAUAGACGUUAGCGUACCCUACGGGAUUGUGGGCGGAGAGGGCUUCCCCGGAGGACGGCCUUAUUUCCGCCCCAUCGGGGAACCCAAUGGCCGCUACCUAGCAACUAGGCCCGAUGCUUCAGUCUUAUUUAUUCCAGACGACGUUCCUAAGAUCCCAGAUAUGUUAGAGGGCGUAUGCUCUGUUUGGGUAGCCAAGUCCGCAGCAGUACCCUCCACGACGAGUUCCAUGAUUGGAAUCAUGACUGGGUCUACUCUGGGUGUUGUGACGUCCUAUUCUCUUGGCUACGAUUCAUCCGGCCCUCGUUACAGCAAGGGUGAUAUGACCUGUCGAUGGGUCCUCAGUCCUGGUGUGCCUAUCAUCGCCCUGAAAGUCGACGAGAACUAUAGCCCGAAGCGCAAGGCGCUAAGGCGUGUUUGGGCUGUCGCGUUGAAUGCGUUGGGCGAGGUUUAUUAUCUAGUGGACACUCCGACGCCGCCCGUUGCCAGACCCACGGUGGAUGAGAGCUUUGUGGGCGCUUGGCAGGGGGGACGAACAGUUGCCUGGGAACUGAUUGAAGCUACCAGACGGACCGCAAGAUCGGACGGACUAAGCAUGGACGAAGUGAUGGGUGCAUAUUCACCACGUACAUCGUCGACAAAAAUGUCCCUUACAAAAGCCCAGCUUGCUGCAGAAUGUCGGGAGAUCGAGACGUUUUUCCGAAAGACGCCUUCCGACAUUAAGAAGGUCUGUGAGGGAUGGGACAUGCGUCGCAAGAUCGAGGUCGACUUUGGUGGUGAUGACGGUGGCUACGCCGGAGAGUCUGUGGUUGUCGUUACUCGCGGCUUAGAACCUGGCCAUCCGGCGAAGCUCAUGAGAUUCACCCAUAAAAUGGGACCGGUCUCGCGGGAAUCAGCGUCCACGCCUGAGGUUCUCCCGUUCAACACCCACGCCACCCCGCCCAAAGGGCACUUCUCCAUCUUUGGUAACCCCAUCGACCUGGAAGCGCCCGAGACUACCUCUAACAAUGGUGUCUUGUCAUUGAGCGGCAUCGAGGCUGGCGCCUCUUCGGCUGCCGGUAUGGAAGAUUGGUGUGCCACGCCUCUAUUCUUGGGUAUCAAAGGUCAGGAUGGUAUCGAGAUCACAUCCGUUGCUCUUGACAACUCGAUUCACGCCCAGACUACACUGUUUGAAGAUUCCUGGAAGGUUAGUGGCUCCGGUGGCGCUGUCGCAUCUGCUUCUGGUGAUCGUGGGUCUCGAAACAAAACCAAUGCCGGCGAACUACCUGGAAGGCGAGCAAGGAUGAUGGCCGCAGGAACCAGCUCAGGUGCCGUAAUGGUGUGGAAUGUGCGCGAGACGACAUCAGAUGCAGUGCCAUUGGUCAGGUACAUACAGACAGAAUCCCCCGAGGUCUCGAGCGUUGCGCUCUCGUCGCUGUACCUCGUUCAUGGAGGCAGCGACGGACUGGCGCAGGCCUGGGACAUUUUGGCCUCAAGCAUGGAGCCCAUCCGCACACUCAACUCGAGAGCUUCUGGUCGGUUGCCUCGGGCCAUCUUGAAUGCUAACCCUAUGCUUCGAGAUGCAAACCACACUGCGGUGGGAGCCAUUUACCUUGAUCCAGACCCAGCGGUUCCAAGGGGCAUUCUGGCGUUUGGGACGUUCUUGCGUUACUGGACUUAUAGUUCAGAAGGCGUGCAAAGUUCGACCCGGAAGCGCAGGUCGCGCCACCACGCUGACGGCCAUCUUGCCAGUCGUCGCACCGGUGCCACUGUCAUGGACUACAUUGCAAAUGAGGCCGCAGAGCUCCGUCGUGAGCAAGCUCACCGCGCUCGUGAGGAGGCGCGCCUUCGCAGUCGCUUUGGGGUUGGGCUGGGUGACCUCACCGAGGAAGAAGCAAUCCGAUAUGCCCAAAUGAUAUCUGAAGAAUCCUUCCAGUUGGAUGAGGACCUUCGGCGGUUCCACACGAGUGACGAGACUGGGUCUAUGUCUCAGUCUUCAUCGCCGUCUGCAGAAGAUGCGGACACUGAAAUGGGCGGAGGAAUUUCGGUCGACAGCAGUCAAGGUGGCCACACCACGGGCACAUUGACCCCUGAGGCAACCGCAUCAAUGCAGUCGAUGCUGGCGCAUCAACAGAGCCAGACAGAGGACCACGACCCUGAUUAUGAACGUCAAAUACAGCAAGCGAUGCGGCUAUCCUUGCUCGAGGCAGGCAUCAACGAUGAGGGGAUAUCGCCUCGUGGUAGUAGCUCGGGCGAGUACGAGUUCCAGAUCAAGUACAAGCCGGGCAAGAAGGAAAGAGGAACCACAUCGAGAAGACAGUCCUCAAUCUCGCCGUCCGCCAGUCAAGGACGCAAACCUGCUUUCAGUCAGCCUGCUUCUACUCCUAGCAAGCAUCUCCUUGGUGGCAGUGGUGAUUUUGAUGAAGAUUUGCAGUUGGCUCUUCGAUUGAGCCUCCAGGACGCAGCAGAGACUUCUAUUGGAUCUCAUGACCAUCAACCGUGGUCGGCAAGUCCUCACUGCAAGGAAGAUGAGUUCCCGGCGCUGGAACCCAAGGGCAAGGGGAAGCGCAACGCAGCUUAGCCGAUAUCAGUUUGAUACGACCUGGGCUCGGAUCGUAUGCCCUCACCCGCCAGUCUCGGGCCAGGCGAUUUGGAGUUGUUUUAUCACCCCGCAAUUGUUUUCCCCUCUGAUCUUGUUUUAGAUCUUGUCUUUUAGUUCGAUUUGAAUAUUCAUUUCAUUGCCCGUCUAAUAGAUUUAUCUUCACUAUGGUAUCUUCGGAUGGAGGGGGACUUCGUUACACUCGGCGAAUACGCUUUACUGUGGGGGAAUGUCACUUUAUAACUGCAACCUCGGAAUACCCGAUAGAUUAAUGAUUGAUACUUUUACUAAUAUUAACGUGUGGUGGUGCCUUGAAUACAGUAAAAUACCGAG